CCAACCAACCCCUCCGGCUCGGGCCUCCUCACCGCGCAUCCAUGGCGAACAUCCCCUCCACCGCAGCAGACGCAUCCGGGUUCAAGCUAUUCGGGAAGGUGAUCCAACCUGAUGGGCAGCGGGCUGCAGAAGAGAGUGCAGCGGCGCAGGCGCCUCCGCAUCCGCCCGCGCCGCCGGUGAUGGAGGCAGCAGCGGCAGCGGCAGCGGCGUCGUCGCAGGCGGCGGGCGGCGGCGGCGGAGGGGGAGGGGGGGAGCCGCUGCCGUGCCCGCGGUGCGGGAGCAGGGAGACCAAGUUCUGCUACUUCAACAACUACAACGUGCGGCAGCCGCGCCACCUCUGCCGCUCCUGCCGCCGGUACUGGACGGCCGGCGGCGCCCUCCGCCGCGUCGCCUCCGCGUCCCCCGGCCGCCGCAGGCCCCGCCCCAGCGCCGCGCGAUCGGCCUCCGCAGCAGCAGCAGCCACCGCCGCCUCCGCGGCGUCCUCCCCCGCGGCCGCCCCCGCCGCCUCCGAGGGUGCGGAGAGCGUUGACUCGCGGUCGUAGGCGUGGGCGCGGCGUGGUGGCUCGGCUCGCCUCGAGGCUUCCUCACAUGCUCGCGGCACGGGUGACGUCAUCCUCCCGGGCGCGGCCCGGGCCCACGCGUUGGAUGAGUCUCCUCUUCCACUUUUUGGCAUUUUUCUGGGUUAGAUUUCUGUUUUUUUUUUUGAGAUACCAUUUUAGGAUUCUUUUGGUGGCCAAAUGGAUGAGGCCAGCAACGAAAGAGAUAAGAAAGGGAAAAAAAUUGGAAAUUUGGGUGCUUUCAAAAUUGGUAGGCAGUUCAAAUGAAUGUACUACUAGCAGUAGCAGCAGCAGCAGCAGCAGGGCCUCGAGGCAGUGAUGAAUCGGAGUGGCAGAUUAAGCCGUGAUUUAUUGAAAAUUUUUCGUCUUGUUGAGUUCUUUUGGUGCCCUUGCUUGUCCCCUUGUUUUGGCCCUGCACAAUUCAGCUAAUUAUUAGAAGCAUUCAAUAGAUCAUGUGUUCAUGUGGUACCUGUGAGGCUGUGGCAAUACUGAGUUGCUGUAGUCCGUAGAUGUGCAAUAAAUGGAAUGUAUACGGGGUUGGUGUGUGUACUUGACUAACGACUUCUUGUCGAUCAUUUUUGGGCAAAUGAGAGAGUCACAGAUGUCGUGAAAUUCCUGACAAAAUUCAUGUUUUCCAAAAAAGAUGUUUUAUGGACACAUCUUAUUUCUUAGUACUGCUACUGCUCCAGGAGUAUGAAGAAAGUAUAGUCAAUAGCAUGAAGAAAGGCAUAUUCCAGGAGGACCAGGACAAAGGAAAAACAACACUACAUCUUCCAAAGAAAGGGUAAACACAUCAGGGUAGAAAUUUUAUAGUAAUAACGGUUCAACUGUUCAUGGUGGUGAUGA